AUGGACUCUCCCACCUCCAAUCCCGAGAUAGCCUUCAUCUCCGGCCCCAUCAGCACAGAUCCGCAAGAAGAUUACUUUCCCCUCCACUAUGCCCCGACAAUCGACCAAGCCAUCCGACGAGGCGACCACUUCGUCAUCGGCCCUAUCCCCAGUGGCGUGGACGCAGAAGCCCUUGCAUACCUCCUCGCCUGGCCCACUUCCCCAGGCCGCAUAACCAUCUUUGUAACCCCCGCCGAAGAUGGAAUGUGGGGCGCCAAAUUUCGUGCAUUCGGCGUGAACGUUCGUGUUAUUGCGGGUCAGAUGCCGCGGGAACGAGAUGCCGAGUUGACGAAGGCGAGCACCUAUGAUAUAUGUCGGGUGCGCACGAAGGAAGAGGGGAAGGCGUUCUAUGGGAAAUCGUGGCGUGAUGGGUUUGUGACUAAUACUGAGCGGAACUGGAAACGGCGGCGGAAUAUUGGGGAGGAUGUGGUGGUUGAACCGGAUGUUAUUAAUCGUUCGUUGGGAUUCGAUGAUAAUUUGGGUGCACCGUCUUCGGAGAAGGAUAUCAAGUUGCGGAUUGGUAUUUUGGGUCGGUGGGUGGAAAGUUUACAACGGCAUCGUUGA